CACCCUGGAGCCCACUUCCCACCCAGCUCCCCGGCAUGCGGACACCAACAGCGAUGAUCCUGGGACUGGUGCUAUGCCCUUGCGGGCUCCUGCUGACUCUCACUGGGACACUGGCACCCAACUGGAGGCAGGUGAGCCUCAUACCUGACCAGCCUAUAGACCUCGUAGUGGAGCAGGGCAUUUGGGACAUGUGCAGAGAGCGGCAGAGCAGCCACGACCGGGCUGACGAGCUGGGCUACUUUGAGCAGGUCCCUGUGCGGGUGGCCCAGGGGAUGAUGCCCUCCUCACUGGUGCUCACCCUCAUCGGCUUGGUGGUGGCCACUUUGGGGGUGCGCUGCUGGCGGAAGGAGCCGCGGCACCUGCUGGCUGGCGUGGCAGGGCUUGUGCUGCUCCUUUCGGGGCUGCUGAGCCUGGUGCCGGCCUCCUGGUACACCCAUGAGCUGUGGGCACUGCCUGCCAUGGAUGGCAGCACGCUGAGUGUAGGCUACAGCUUGGUGCUGAGCUACUUAGGAAGCUGCCUGGAGAUCUUGGGGGGGCUGGCCCUCGCCCUCAGCUUCCACCAGUGCUGCAAGGAGCGCAAGGCCCCCAAGCCGCCCCUCAGCCCUGUGAUGGAGACUGUGCCACCCUCCACCACUGGGGCCUACCGCAAUCCCUGGGAUGUGCUGGAUGAUGAGCGAGACGGACGACACUCGAGGAGCACCUUGCCUUGUGACUCUGACUUGUAG